AUGCCAGAACCAAGGUCAGGAAAUUCUAAGCGACCUAGAGGCGCAUAUUCCCGUCUGAUCUGUAUUGGUUGCCGUGAUAGACGGAUUCGUUGUGAGUUACCCGAGGAGGUUGAGAUCCCAGAUCCGGGAGAGCUCCGGACUGUACAGACGCCUUGCUAUCGAUGCAAGAGAUUAGGAGUCCCCUGUAUAGUUCGACAAACCAUCUUAGGCCGACCAAGCCCUGACAACAAUCGUCGAAGCUCCACUAUUGGAACAGUUUCUCGAUCUGCAGAGACGGGUGACUUCGUUUCGCGUAUAAUCAUUGAACUUCCUACACGAACCAAACCAAAUCAUAUGUCGGAUACUACACAGAAUGAGCUGAGCAGCACCCUAGUUCCGCGAAAGAAGUCCUGUGCUUCAAACAUGCUACCAUUGAUCCAGCGAGGUUCCGCGCCUUGGGGUGGAGAUACACUGCUGAUCCACACACCUCAAUCUAUAGAACAAGUGAUCAUAAUCCGGGCAGUAGAUGCAAUUCGAUGCGAGAAUAUGGAAAAGGAAUGGUUUCGACAUCUGCCCACCCACGUUGGGAACAGCCAAGCCCUCGACCUAUCGAUCAAAGCCAUUGUCGCCGGUUGUGCUUAUGCUAGAGGGGUGCCAAAGCUCACUUCUGGUGAUUGCUAUCAAGCUUUAGCGCUCGCACUGAAUGCUGUGCGGGCUAAUAUCAAACGCCCAAAUGGUGACUUGAGCGACGACAUGCUAGCCUCGGCCGCGCUCCUAGCCCAUAUUGAAGGCAUUGUCAAUAAGCAUGGUCUUCCAACAAACCUGCAUCUCGAGGGACUAGCUGCGAUCAUGGCGUCUCGGCCCGCAUCAUACCCGGUAACGCAGCUUGCGAGAGAGAUAUUCGAUUUCCACGCUUAUGAUUCGGCUAUUGUGGCGUGCAUCCAGGGGACGCCCUCGCCCUUCGAAGGCGUUGCUCGUGGAUACUUUGCCAAUGAUAAAAUAGGUUACAGUGAUAGCGACCAGGCUCAACUUAAAGCUCUUGCCAGCGAACUCUUCAUUCGGAUUCCGAGACUCGUAGGCCUUGUCCGCUCACUACGGCUUCAGCCGCUUCCACAAAACAAUUUACUGUUCGAUGCGCUUGUGCUUUUGGACUCGCUUCUCAAGAUUCAAGAUCCAGGCGCGGAAGAGCGGUUAUUACGCAACAUCACAGUUUGCUGCCCUUCGAGCAAUCCAAACGCCAUCCCUCUCCAGCGGAGUCUGCAGUUCGGUUCCGUCGAGCAAUUUGAAGCCCUUGAAUAUUACUGGCAAAAACGCCUGUAUCUACUCAGACUAGGACAUCACCUCCACAGCUUGUUCUCGUCAAGUACUGCGGUGAUAGACAGUGUUGAUGAAUCGGGAAAUUUCCUCCCACAAAGUCUAAGGCCGAGGACCGACAUGCUGCAGAUUACAACGAACCUUCAGAUGUGUAUUGAGUAUGCUCAAACAUUGCCACUUCGACAACAUCACAGAAUAUUCGCUCACGGGAUUGUGACUUUGUGGGGUGCACUGAAAGAUUUAUCAGUUGAUCUUGGCAACAGCCUGGGGACCCAAGAGACAGGAUCGUUGUAUAAGGAACUAUUACGAAGUAUAAACAGCGAGCUGAAACCAAAGCCGGAUAUUACUGCCGAAGAUAUGGACAUAGCGGCAGAUGUCUUUGUUGGUGGAUACCCAAAAGGUAGAGUGGCAGAGCUCUAUGGCCUGUAA